CUUUCAGAAUUCCUCACAACUGUUCUUGGAUUCUCCUUCAACAUAGAAGGCCUCCCACUACAGUUGACUUUGGCCAUGAAAUAGAGAUGGUUGGGAAUCCGAAGGCACAUGUGGGACCCACAGCAUAGAUUCUACCUUUGCUUAUGAGAGGGGUAUUUUGGGAAAAAAAAAAGUUAUGUGUAGGGAUACGAGGUUGGUGGGGUUUCUGUUAUCUGUUUCUGAAAUUGGGUGUUGAAAAGAGGAAAAACCCAUGUCAGAAACGAAGAGAAAUUUCACAAAUUGGAGCGAAUUAUGGUUGUUGGAGUGGUGUUGAGAAAAGCCCAUCAUGGAAAAUGAUAUUUCUCAGCAAGGUUCCAUGUUGGGCAGUGCUUUCCCAGAUGCUGCUGCAAUGGAUUUCGAUCCCAUGGAUGAUCUCUUGUUAGAUGGAUGUUGGUUAGAGAUGACCGAUUGCUCUGAUUUUUUAAAACCAAAUGCGUGUGGUUCUACCGAUCUUCUCGAUUCUCCGUGUUUUUCCCCUUCAUCUGAUGUUAACAGCAGCAGUUCCAAUCCACACUCUCCACAGAAUGCUGAUCGAGAUGACAAGGAAAGAUUGAGUUUUGCUGAGAAUCCACCUUCGGUCAAGACCCAAACAGAAGAUCUUGUCGUACUUGAAUCUCUUAACGGGAACACAAUAAAAAGUGGCGAGUGUUUGGCCCAAUCAGAGUCCUGUCCAACUGAGGAAAGUAGGAAUUUAGAUGAAUUUGAGAUGAUCAAUCGAACCACCGAAGCGAGUAGAAGGUGGUGGAUUGAGCCGAGGGCGAACCCUGGUCCCGCUUCGUCUGUGAAAGAGAGAGUGAUACAAGCGCUUAGACGUAUUAAGGAUUCUACAAGAGAUGGUGAUGUUCUUGUUCAGAUAUGGGUGCCGGUGAGGAGAGGAGGCAGAAGAUUUCUUACUACUUGUGAUCAACCCUUCUCACUGGAUCCCAAUUGUCAGAGGCUUGUGAAUUACCGGACAGUCUCAAUCAACUACCUUUUCUCGGCCGAGGAGGAUUCGAAUGAGGCAGUUGGUUUACCUGGCCGAGUUUUUCUUGGGAAGUUACCCGAGUGGACACCAGAUGUUCGGUAUUUUAGCAGUGACGAGUACCCGCGUGUCAGUUAUGCUCAUCAAUACGACGUUCGUGGUACUCUUGCACUUCCUAUUUUUGAGCAGAGUAGUCAGUCUUGCUUGGGUGUUGUGGAGGUUGUUAUGACUACCACAAAGGUCAACUACCGUUCCGAGCUUGAAAACAUCUGCAACGCCCUCCAGGCUGUCAAUCUUAGGACUUCUGAAGUCUUGAGUAUUCCCCAUGUAAAGGUGGGCAGCAAUUCUUACCAAGUUGUGUUGCCAGAGAUUUUAGAGGUUUUGAGGACAGUCUGUGAGACGCAUAGAUUGCCGUUAGCUCAGACAUGGGUCCCGUGUAUUCAACAAGGCAAGGAAGGCUGCAGGCACUCAGAUGAAAACUACACCAACUGCGUCUCAACAUGGGACAUCGCUUGUUAUGGGACGGAUCCUCGCAUUUGGGGUUUCCAUGAGGCGUGCUCUGAGCACCACUUGUUCAGAGGCCAAGGUGUAGUGGGGAAAGCGUUUACGUCGAAUCAGCCAUGUUUCUCAACCAACAUAACCGCUUUCAGCAAGACAGAAUACCCGCUGUCUCACUAUGCUAGGAUGUUUGGGUUGCGGGCUGCAGUUGCGAUUCGUUUGCGGAGUAUUUACACUGGACUUGUCGACUAUGUCUUGGAGUUGUUCUUACCCGUGAAUUGCACAGGUAGUGAAGAACAGAAGUUGAUGCUCAGCUCAUUGUCUGUCAUUAUACAACAGCUUUGCCGGAGCUUGAGGGUCAUCACAGAAAAGGAACUUGAACAGGAAACCAUUUUUCCAGUCAGUGAAAUUACACCCUCUGGUGCGACACUGGUGGAAUCUUUCCCUGUUGUAGAUGAAAGAUCAAAUAGAGGCAGAACACAAAAGGAGGGAAUUACUCUUUCAGUAGUAGCUUCUGGGGAGGAAUCAUCAUGGAUUACGAGUUCCACACAGGCCCCACGGAAGGGCGAAUGCACUGCGGUUCCUAAUUCCUUGCUGUUGGAAUUUGGAAAGCAGGAGCCAGAAGGAUUUCAUGUCUCUGCUCAUAGCGAUCACCGCCAUGAUUCGACCAAGGAUAAUGUCAGUGGUGGGGAUUCUUCUUUUCGCAAACCUCGCAGUCAGAGUUCUGGAAAUGCAAGGGAAAAGAAACGAACAAAAACAGAGAAGACUAUCAGCUUGCAAGUUCUUCAGCAAUACUUUGCCGGGAACCUGAAAGAUGCUGCAAAGAGUAUUGGAGUGUGCCCAACCACUUUGAAAAGGAUAUGCAGGCAACACGGCAUCACUCGCUGGCCUUCACGAAAGAUCAAGAAAGUUGGCCACUCCUUGAGGAAACUAAAGGUGGUGAUUGACUCAGUCCAAGGUGCCGAGGGAGUUUUCAACAUUGAUUCACUAUACCCAAAUUUCACAAAACCUUAUGGUUCUGAUCUGACCUCUCAAAAUCUAUCAGGAAGCAGCACGUUUUCCACAUUGAAACAGACAAAUCAUCAUUCGAAGUCCUCAACCACACAAGCCGAAGGCGUCUUAGGCACUUCAACUGCUCGCAAAAAAUCACCUUCUUCUUCGUGCAGUCAGACCUCUAGCUCAAGCCUCUCUUGCUCCACCAUGGCCCACCAGAACUCACAUGCUGUGGCAGAGUUGCACAAGAACCAAAGCGGCAUGCUGAAGAGAGCUUAUAGUGAGGCAGAGUUGCAUGACUCAAGCAAAGAGGAACAAAAACCUCCUGCUCGGUCCCAUAGCCACAAAUCCCUCAGUGAGCAUCCUUCUCUUGGAAGCCUAUCUUCUUGGCCUAAGCCCACCCAUGUAUCUAGAGAUGACAGUAUUUUCAGAGUGAAAGUCGCAUUUGGGGAAGAGAACAUACGGUUCAGAUUGCAUCCUUCUUGGGGCUUCCAAGAACUACAACAAGAGAUUGCGAAGCGAUUUAGUAUAGAUGAUACAAGUAUGAUGGAUCUCAAGUACCUGGACGAUGACUCCGAGUGGGUGCUGUUGACGUGCGACGCGGAUCUACAUGAGUGCAAAGAUGUGUAUAGAUCGUCCGGUGCUCAUGCCAUGAAACUAUCCAUACACCAUGUCGCACAUCCAAAGACCAGAAAUUCUUUGGGCCAACGUGGGCCAUCUUGACUUCGAUGGAAAGCCUAUUGUUGUUUAACAGUAGUCAGUAGGUUGCAGUCGAAGCAGAGUAUUUCUUCCAUGAAUUCUUGUUUGGGUGUUGUGGAUGUAGCAUGAUGGCAUAAGCGAGGCAUGUCAGUUCCAUAGGGGUAAUGAGAAAGCCUGCAACUAGAGAUUAUCGGAUGAAAGAAAUGCAUAUACACCAGUACUUGAGGAUGCCUUGAAAUAAAAGCAUGACAUGAUUACAACCAAUGUAUUUGGUAACAGUAACAGCCAGCUGUAUGAACCAUAAUACAGGCCAUAGCAGCUGUUACAGCCCUGUAACUGUCAAUUUUUUUCCUAAAGGAAAAAAUGUAUCUUCCUGUUACGGGCCAUUUGUUUUUUUUUUUUUUUCAAAUUAGGCGUUAGAGCCCUGUAUCGCGUAACAGGCCCCACCGUUUACAGCCGUUAAGUAACCAUUUUUGAAUACCUUGAUACAAUAGGGUCUGUUAUCAACUUAUCAUGGCUGUUAUAGAUCAGAGAGACGACGUUUAUACACGGCCUUUGAGAGAUGGGGUGUUUGGUUAGAUUGGAUCCCAUCCCAAUGAUCCUGCAAAUGUGGUAUUCUUGUUAUAUUGGUUCGGUAAGUGAUCAGUAAGGUGUUUGAGAAAGCAACACGCAACUACCAUCCCUCUAUGCUUUAGGCUUCUUCGGACGCCACACUGAUGCCGUUUAGAUCGAGGCGUGUGGAUGAUGAAAUCAGUGGUGCAAGAACUGGGAAGCUUCCAUCAUUCUAAAUAAUUUCCUUUAUGGAGGUUCUGAGGACUCGAAACCCAGAUUGUAUUGUGCCGGUGGAAGUUCUCACCCCUGGUGCGAAUGGUAAAGGUUUGAUGGUAGAGUUGGAUCUUGUAAGAAUAGUCAUUGCGCGUCUCUAUAACUGAGAGGGAGCACUGGUAAGUUUGUAAAGCUGUACUUCAACUGUUACACAUGCUAUCAUACCUGUUGAAAUUAGUGCAGAAACUUGGAGUUGAGAAAAAUCACUUCCUAUUUUUGUC